UGCAACUACCUUUGAAACAACAACAUGCAUUUUAAUAUAUUCCUUGGUUUGUCUUUGCUGUCGACUUCAUGGGCGAUUCUAGUCAAAGAUGGAAUCAAAGAAAAACGAGGAUUGGAUCUUGGAAUUCACGAUUUUAGUAGUCAUCAUCUAGGACUAGGGGAACACCAUCAACCGAUUAAAACCAUCACCAUUACCAAAGAAGUACCCUAUCCGGUACCACAUCCAAUACCAUACCCAGUCUACACUAAAGUACCUUAUACAGUGAAGGUACCCGUUCAUUACGAGGUACCCAAACCUUACACCGUACACGUUCCUAAACCUUAUACCGUUACCGUUGAGAAACCCUAUCCAGUCACUAUACACAAACCAGUUCCGUAUACAGUGAAGGUACCCAUCAAGGUACCCGUUCCGGUACCUCACCCGGUGCCUGUUGAAAACCUUACCCUGUAACCAUUCCCAAACCUUAUCCAGUCAAAAUUCCGUAUCCGGUUUAUGUGGAGAAACCAUACCAUGUUCCGAUUGGACACCAUCAUGCUCCAGAGAUUCAUAUUGAUGAUCAUAGUGUGCAUUCGUUUGGACAUCAUUAAAAUUUGACUCAACUGUAUAAUUUG